CUUGAGAGUCUGUCAUCCUCUCGUAUGCGGAGACGAUCUUUGUCGCUGCUGGUUUUGACAGCGGCGGGGGAGCUGGUGAGGAGAGCGGAGGAUCCGUGUGGACCACAGCUUGCUGCUGCAGCGGCUGAGAAUAAGGGGGACGGACACACUAGCCGGGAACUCUCCCUCUGAUACACACACACACACACACACACACCUCAUCAUUUCCCACAUCAGCAUCAACACACACUCACUGACGGGAGAGGACACAGGAGCCGGUUUGCAGCAGACGGUUUGAACCACUUUCUGAAGACAGACACUGGCUGAGAAUAAAUCCUCACAGUGUGGAUUCAGACUCUGUCACUCCAUUGACCACCCUGAUCGUGUCGUUGAAUUUUGACCAGAGGUUUUCAUCGUGACACUCCAACCAUGGACAGGAACAGGAAUUGGAUGUCGGGCUUUGGAGCCGUGCUAUUGAUACUUAUGAGUCAUGUGAGCUCAGCACUGGAAGUGCCUCUUGAUCCUAAAGUACUGGAAGGAUUGCCCCAACCCCCCACUAUAACGCUACAGUCUCCAAAGGAUUACAUCUUUGAUCCGAGGGAGAACAUUGUCAUCCACUGUGAGGCCAAGGGGAAGCCUCAUCCCAGCUUUUCAUGGACAAGAAAUGGGACCCACUUUGAUGUAGAGAAAGACUCCAAAGUCCUGAUGAAGCCCGGUUCAGGAACUCUGGUCAUUGACAUCAGCGGGGAAAAGGCUGAGGCUUAUGAGGGAACUUACCAGUGUACAGCACACAACGACCAUGGCACCGCUGUAUCUAACAGCAUUGUCAUUAGACAGUCCCGGUCCCCCUUGUGGUCGAAGGAGAGAAAUGAGGCCAUCGUGGUGCAGAUGGGGGUCUCCUUGGUGCUGCAGUGCCGACCCCCUGCAGGGCUACCCCCUCCUGUCAUCUUCUGGAUGGAUAACAACUUCCAGAGGCUACCACUGGAUAAACGAGUGUCUCAGGCUCUUAAUGGAGACUUGUACUUUUCAAAUGUUCUCCCAGAAGACAGCAGGCCUGACUACAUCUGCUAUGCCCGCUUCCCUCACACACAAACCAUCCAGCAGAAACAGCCUAUCUCGGUCACCGUGCUGAACAACAGCCCAGAGGGAGAGCAUCGCCCCGGUUUCAUGAUGCCUCUGGGCACCACUAGCACAAAGAUGGUUCUGAGAGGGGAGACUCUGGAGCUGGAAUGCAUUGCUGAGGGCUUGCCCACUCCAGAUAUCUCCUGGCAGAAGGAUGGAGCAGAGCUGCCGAGCAGCAGGAUGUCUGUUCAGAACUUCCAGAAAACACUCAAGAUUUCUGAUGUGAAUGAAGGUGAUGCUGGAGACUACCAUUGUACAGCUUCAAACAAGCUGGGCACUACACACCACGUCAUCAAGGUCACUGUCAAAGCGGCUCCUUUCUGGGUCAGCGCCCCGAGGAACCUGAUCCUCGCCCCGAAUGAGACUGGCAUCCUGACUUGUCGAGUCAAUGGAGAACCCAAACCAAAGAUUAGUUGGUUUGUCAAUGGAGUCCCCAUAGAGAACGCACCCGAGGACCGCAGUCGGAAAGUGGAUGACGACACUGUGAUUCUUAGUAAUGUGCAAUCAGGGUCUAGUGCUGUCUACCAGUGCAACGCAUCCAAUGAAUUUGGUUACCUGAUGGCAAAUGCUUUUGUCAACGUUCUUGCUGAGCCACCAAGGGUGCUCACGCCACCCAAUCGUGUGUACCAGGUGAUCACCAACACCCCUGCAUUACUUCACUGUGCUUCCUUUGGCUCGCCAAUACCAACCAUCACAUGGUUCAAAGAUAGUCAGAUCAGCAUUAAGAAUGGUGACUCUUAUGUGAUCCAUGAGAAUGGUACAUUGGAGAUCAAUGUGGCCCAGACUGUAAACAGUGGAAAGUACACCUGCAUUGCCACCAACAACCUUGGGCUCAAGGAGAACCACAUGACCCUGGAGGUUAAAGAGCCCACCCGUAUCCUGAAGCAGCCAGAGUACAAGGUAGUCCAGAGAGGAAUGAGCGCUUCGUUUGAGUGUAAAGUCAAACACGAUCCGUCCCUAAUUCCUGUCAUGAUCUGGUUAAAAGACAAUGGAGACUUGCCUGAUGAUGACAGGUUUGUGGUGGGCGCAGAGAGUCUGACCGUCAAAGAUGUGACAGACGGAGAUGAGGGCACUUACACCUGCAUCAUGAACACCACCCUGGAUCAAGACUCAGCCAGUGCCAUGCUGACUGUCGUAGAGGCUACACCUACUCCAGCUAUUGUCUACGAGAAACCUGACCCUCCAACUGACCUGGAACUGACUGACCAGACAGAGAGGAGCGUUCAGCUCACCUGGAUCCCUGGAGACGAACACAACAGUCCCACACAGAUGUUUCUGGUCCAAUAUGAAGAUCUGCUUCACGGGCCAGGUGUUUGGAUCAACCUGACGGAGGUCGGUGGUACUGAAACCACAGCACGGUUAAACCUCUCUCCAUACGUCUACUAUUCAUUCAGAGUCCUGGCUAUCAAUCGUGUUGGUGCCAGCCAACCAAGCCAGCCCUCAAGCCAAUACAGGACCAACCCUGCAGCUCCUGAUGAAAAUCCAUCAGAUGUUCAGGGAGUGGGAACUGAGCCUGGCAACUUAGUGAUAUCCUGGACACCACUGACAGGAUUUCAGUCUAAUGGGCCCAAUCUGGAGUACAGAGUACUGUGGAAACGGAAAGACGUGGAUGAGGAUUGGUCCUCGAAGAACGUGGCCAACGUUUCCCAGUUUGUUGUAACUGGAACUACAACCUAUACGCCCUAUAUGAUCAAGAUUCAAGCUUUUAAUGAUUACGGCAGUGGUCCAGAGCCUAAAGUAUUCACCGGAUACUCUGGAGAAGACUUGCCUUUGUCUGCUCCUGAUAAUGUGCAGAUCAUGGUUCACAACAGCACACUUGCAGAAGUACACUGGGAGCCCGUAUCUUCCCCUUCAGUUAGAGGAAAACUACAGGGAUACAAGGUAUACUACAGUCGCGUGCGUGGCUUGCACGAGACAGAAGGGGAGACGGAGCAGCAGGAGCAGGUUUUGACAUUCAGUGGGAAUCGUAGCGAGGGACGUCUGCCAGGCCUCCAGCCUUAUAGCCUCUACAACCUCACCAUCAGGGUCCUUAAUAACAAAGGAGAAGGGCCUCCUAGCCCCAACAAGGAGUUUGACACACCUGAGGGAGUCCCAGGGCCUCCCUCUUUUCUGAACGUCAUAAACCCCGGUUUGGACUCUCUCACUCUGGAAUGGGGCCCACCAAUGAAAAACAAUGGUCGCCUCGCUGGAUACACUCUGAAAUACCAACCAGUCAACAACACCAAUGAACUGGGACCAGUAAAGGUCAAGAACUUCCUUGCCAAUGAGACCAUAAUUACCUUGGACAACCUGAACUCCAGCAUGCUCUACAAGUUUUACUUAAGUGCAAAGACAAUCAAGGGCUCUGGCCCCAUCAUCACAGAGGAGGCCUUCACUGCCAUGGACACAAUUCGUACUCAGCCCACUGUAGAGACGGGCAAAGGCCCCACAGAGCCCCCUCACCCAACCUCCCCCAUCACUCAGUCUCCGCCUCCCCCGUUUCACAAGGUGCCACCUGUAGGCCCGGCGUUUGGCACAGUUAACACGUCUGUAUCGGAGGAAGGUGCAGUGAUCAGUUGGGAUUACUUUGGACACCAUAAGAAUGUAUAUGUGGAAUAUAUUGUAGAAAACAGUAAAGAGGACUGGAAAAAGGAGUUGGUAAACGGUUCACACUGGCAUAUGAUAAAAGGUUUAAAGCCGGGGACGUCCUAUAGGGUGCGCGUGGUAGCUAGAGACCCUGCUGACCCGACGGUCCACAGCACAGACGAAGUGUUGGUUACAGUGCCAGCUGUGCCCAGUCGUCAGGUCGACAUUGCCACCCAGGGAUGGUUUAUUGGACUGAUGUGUGCCAUCGCUCUCCUCAUCUUGGUCCUUCUCAUAGUCUGCUUCAUCAAGAGGAACAAGGGUGGCAAAUACCCAGUGAAAGAGAAAGAAGAUGCUCACCAAGACCCGGAAAUCCAGCCCAUGAAGGAGGAUGAUGGGACAUUUGGAGAGUACAGGUCAAUGGAGAGUGACACAGAAGACCACAAGCCACUGAAAGGCAGCCGGACGCCGUCCAACGGCACGGUGCGGCGCGACGAAAGUGACGACAGCCUGGUGGACUACGGGGAGGGCGGGGACGGACAGUUCAAUGAGGACGGCUCCUUCAUCGGCCAGUACAGCGGCAAGAAAGAGAAAGACACGCACGAAGGCAACGAGAGUUCGGAGGCCCCAUCGCCAGUCAACGCCAUGAACUCGUUUGUCUAAACGCUGUAGCCACGGGCCUGGCUGCGACAGUUGCUACGGCCACGCCUUGUCACCCUGGCAAAUGUGACCAUGGGGGGGCUGCCUCUGUGGUGACAGCUGCUAAGGUGACAGUCGUUGCGGACACCUACUUCUUACCAUGGUGGCUGUCACUUCGGUGGCCAUCGCUAUGACUACCUGUCACCAAGACUGCUGAUAACGCCCUCAUCUCCACACCCGCCAUCCCCUGUCACACUGUGACCUCCUCUGACCAACAACACACUCAACAUGGCAAAGACAGACAACCCUCCCCCACACCCCCCACCUCCUGACCCACCCACCCACCCAUCAUUGAAAGAAGGUGUGAAACGCCGGGAUGUGAGGACUCAAUAUAGGAGGAGAGAGGAAGCAAUAUAGAAAAGCAGAAGGAAUGUACCAGAACGAGUUUUCCCACUCAGACUGAGCAGAAGUGUGGCCAAGUGUGUGUGUUAGUGCCAUCUUCUUUGCGAACACACUAAACAUGAUGUAUCCAAAUAUAUAUUUUAUCAAAGUACAUGACCCGCAGGCAGGCAAAUAUGCAUCGAAUCACACCCAUAAACACCUGCAUGGAGUAAAUCAUGAAUCUAUUAAGCAUUUUUAACAUCCUCAUGUCAGUUGUUGCAGAGGUGAGCUGAGACUGUAUAUGGUGCACGCCUACUUGUGAGUGGGUUAUGCCUUUUUAUUGUUUUUCUCUUCUUUUUUUUCAGUCAAAGUGUUCAAUGGCGUGUGAUAUAUAGAGAAAAAACAGCAGCGGAGUCUUUCUGGACACGGCUGUGUAAUGUGUGACUCAAAGUAGAAGCUAGCAUAUGUCUUUUUGAGACAAAUGAACUGUUUGUACAUAUGUAAUAGAAUAAAAAGAAAGCUAUAUUUCAAGGUCAGGGAUUGUCCAUUUGUAGUCAUUGGAAAACCUGGCUAGAAACACUUAGCGUUCGGUCACUCCUUAAUCACACCAGUCCUCCCACACUUUAUUUAAUAAUCGGCCCGUUUUAAGCCUUGUGUCUUCUCAAGCUUAUUCUUUGCUUCUUUUUGUUUGUUUGUUGUUAUCUAAUCUGUUCCUUUUACGCCGAACCUUUGCUUCUUGUUGCUGAGCACUAACUGAACACAAGUAGAGGUGUGAUUGAUCCAGUGUUGUUGUCAAGUGCUUCCACCCCAAAAUCGUGCCCACUGUGCAGGCAUUCGUUUUAGGUAAUCACGUUAUUGUCAGAACUAACCGCUACUCCCGACAUUGUGUCUGAUAGCACUUCAACUUAUCUGCUAUGUACGCUGUCAGAAAAUGCAUUACAUGUAGAGGUUUGCUGAGUACACACUGUAGUUUCUGGAUAUUUACUGUAGAUGUCGAGGAUCAAGAACCUCUCAGCACGGUUUCUAGUGCCUUUGUAGAGAACAGUGACUUAGAUCCAUAGAAUUGCAUCCCUCUUCAUAUAUAUAUAGGACAAACCUAGGCUCAGUGCAGUUCAUAUAGUUAAUGAAUACAGUACACACAGAAAACCACCGUACUCUCAAUAACUUAAAAGGCUAUGCGAGUAUUCAAAACUACAUUAAUCACUGGAAAAUAAGCUCUACAGGAUUUUGCUGAUGAAGAAUAUGUUCAUUGAAACUAAGAUCCUUUAUUGUGAGCUAUGUGGUCAUUGAGUAUUGUGAAACAAACAUCCUCGGGUCUCUAAAUCCACCGGGCUUCAGCCUGUAUAAACUAUAUACUAUUUUAAAAAUGGAUUUCACAGUGAUACACUGGCAUUAGUUGUGAGGAAUGAUUUUCAGCUGUGGCCUUGUUGACAAUCAUACACCCAGUUAUCAUCAGCCCUGUAUUCUACACAAACAGACCGCCGAAUCACACGAUCCAUCUAAGAUUUAAAGGCCGAGGAAACGUGUGGCAUACUGAGACGUGUAGGAAACCUGAGGUCAGAGCUCAGACACGUUGUUUCAUGUAUUCAUUUCAAACAUUCUCCUCCCAAUGCAUUCAUCGUGAGGAGGAGCCGCUGCUCAGCAGCACUAAACUACUGCCAACCUACUCACCAGGUAACUGCCAACAGGAACCAGACUCACCAUCUGGCACAGACUAUUAUCAGUAUGGGACUUACCGUUACUGGUAGCACUUAGAAAUGAAGGGGUCGGAAAAAUUGCGUAAUGAAUACUGAAUGUGGAAACAAGUGUAACUGUUUAUGUGAAUGAAAAUAUUGCUUGUUUCACUGCAAAAUGGUAAAACACACUGGUGACUUUGGUUUAUGCAUUUAACCUUGUAUCUGUGUAUGUUGUCACGUUCUGAGCGCAGCACUCAGUGAGUUUUAUAUUCCUGUAAAUGAAUGAAGCUUGUGCGUGAAUGUUUUUGGGUGCAUGAGUGUACGUAUGUGUGUGUAUGUGUGCAGCACAUGCAUGCUACUGUGUUACGGCGUGCGUGAUGUAUACUAUCGCUUUCGAUUUCCAUGGAUAACCGUCUAUAAUUCUGAUGUGUGUCCAGCAGUCUACUCCUCCUCAACAGGAGAUGAUACAGGACUUUUUUUUCUUUUUCUUUCAGAGAACAUUUCCACAUCGUAGGUUUAUCAUAACUUGCAUCAAGUUUUUAGGUUUGCAAUGUGUCAGCUGUCCACAUGUAGAUAUUUUUGUUGUAUUUUGUAAAUAAAGGCUUGAAUUGAGCGUAGAAAGAUGAGGUCAAGGGUGAGAGCUUGACCUCAAUAGGCCCUACUACAUUAUGAGUAGGAGGGUAAAAUGCCGUGUGAGAUGAGACGAUUUACAGUUUUCACUCUUUCAUUUGCUGUGAAAUUUCUUUUAUUUCUUUCUUCUUUUUUUUUGGAACUUGACAGGUGGAUUUGCUUCAGGUAUCAAACGACAUUAUUUAACUUGUGACUGAGCUCUUGUGACACCUGUAUUGUUUCUGUCUCGGACAGUUCAUGCACCUUUUUUUUUCUCUGUAUUUUUUACUUAAACACUUAAACAGGACGCAUCAUUUCAAACCAAUCUGGGUGUCUAAGUUUACGACAACACCUGGUGUCUGAACGCAGCACGGUGGAAAAAAAUGUCCUAAACUAGACAUCAGAUGAAACUGAUACAUCCUUUAAAGGGUGUGCAUUUUGAAAAAAACAACAAAACAAAACUAAUUUGGAGCAUACAGAAGGAUGGCCAGCAUGGAACAGAUAAAAUUGGAGCGUGAAUACCCUGGAAACAAUGUUCUAGUGACUGGUGAUCAUACAGUAGGAUAUACAGUAUAUGAUAUGAUUAUAAUAUGACAUUCUGGUUAAUGUUGAAGCUACAUGAGAAGCAUGAAAGGCUGUCAAAAUGGUUUACUCUACAAUAUAAUAUUGCAAAAUAUUUUGUAUUUUAAAUGAAGUUUAAAAAAAAUGAAAUAAAUGUUGGUUUCAGGAUUUCAAAUCAGUUCUUUUUUUUUUUUUUCCCUUUGUGGUCAAACAUGAAGUGCAGCAUAGCAAGUGUGUUAUGUGUCUGUAGCGCCACCUAGUGUACGAACAUUUGAUUGAUGUUUUAUUUUUUUUUAUCUGUCAAACAACCCACUGAGAUAAACCUCCAAAAGAUAAUCCAUGAAAGAUUAACACACAUCUGUGCACGCAUGCGUGGUGUGUCUUUUAUUCUCUGAUGAGCUUUACUGUAGUUUUCCAUAAUGGUCUCUUUCCAAGAGGAAUAAAAAUUACAACAAACAGCUAAGAUGCAGAUUGAAAUAGUAAGAUUCAGAAUUUAGUGUGAUAAUAAUAAUUAUUAUUAUGAGAGAACAAAUAUGAAAUGGGGAAAAAAGAAAUAUAAAGGAUACAAACAAAUAAUACAUAUAUGAAAGUGAUGAUAAAGUGUGUAUUAGCCCAGUGCAAAGGUGUAGCCUACUUCAACCAUCUUUUUCCAAAGAGUCACACUGUAGAGGAUCCAAUCAUAUUUCAUAUACUCACACCACUGGACUCUGUCAUUAAUAAUUGAUUGAACUGAUGGUCAUUUAUGAUGCAGAGCACAUGGUGGACUAAAAUACAAACACCUUUUCUAGUCCUGUGUCCAAAAUGAAUACACCUUAAUAUUCCUAAUAAGGAGUGACUGUGGUGCAGUGACUGCCUUG